AGGGACGCCGUCCGACUUCCGGUGAUGAUGUUCAUCCACGGCGAGUCGUACGAGUGGAACUCUGGCAACCCUUAUGACGGCACCGUUCUCGCCUCCCUCGGAAACGUCGUGGUGGUCACCAUCAACUUCAGACUGGGCAUCCUCGGUUUCCUUCCGGCAAUGGAGAACAGCGCGCGUGGCAACAACGGCCUCAUGGACCAGGUGGCUGCCCUGCACUGGAUCCAGGGCAACAUCGCCGAGUUCGGCGGAGACCCACGCAAUGUCACCAUCUUCGGGCACGGCACCGGAGCGGCCUUCGUCAACCUGCUCAUGCUCACGCCCAUGGCAAGAGGACUGUUCCAGCGCGCCAUCAUGAUGUCUGGUUCGGCGCUGAGCCCCUGGGCGCUGGCGAGGGACGCUCCUCGGCACACGCUGCACGUGGCCCGCGCCCUGGACUGCCCGACCGAGGAGAGUCAGGGCCUCGUCGAGUGCCUGCGCGUCCGGCCCGUGGCCGACAUGCUGCGCGUGCCCCUGGCCGUGCCCGACCACUUGAGCGCCUUCGGCCCCACCGUGGACGGCAUCGUGCUCGUCGCCGAGCCGCAGGCGCUCAUGGAGGACUUCAACACGCAGUACCGCAACUACGACGUGAUGCUGGGCAUGUCCCGCUUCGAGUCGUACUUCUUCAUCACGGCAUCCGAAGAGAAGUACGGCAUCGAGGUGGACCGCCGGGACCGCAUCCUGCGCACCCUGGUGCGCAACCUGUACUCCUACCACCAGCAGGAGAUCUUUCUCACUAUCGUCAACGAGUACACCGACUGGACCAGGCCCUUCCAGCACCCGAUGAACAUCCUGGACGGCACGGGCGAGGCAGUGGGCGACGCCCUGGUGGUGGCUCCGCUGGUGCGCGCCGCCAAUCUUCACGCGCAGGUGUCUCCGUCCACGUUUGUGUACGUGUUCGGCUACCAGAGCGAGGCCGGGGACUACCCUAGCCGCCUGGGCUGUAUCCACGGCGAGGAGCUGGCCUACUUGUUCGGAGCGCCACUGGUCACAUCACUAGCCCACUUCUCCAAGAACUACAGCAAGGCCGAGCAGUCCCUCGCGGAGGCCACGGUCACCUUCUGGACUAACUUCGCCAAGUUUGGGGAUCCGAGUUACGUGCCGCACGAUGGUGAAGUGCACGGCGACCGUGGGAAAGGUCGUUUUGAGCGUCUCGUGUGGCCACAGUACGAGGCCGCUCACCAGAAGUACCUCCUCAUUGGUAUGAAGCCUAAGGUGAAGGACCACUACCACGCGCACCGCCUGUCCCUCUGGCUCCACCUGAUCCCGCAGCUGCACCGGCCCGGUGGGCCGGAGGUGGUACCGGCACACCACCUGCUCGACGACCACGACAACCCGCUCAGCUACGACGGCAAUGUGCGGUCCUCAGAUCUGUCUCCGCUCACGACGUCCACCGUGCCGAGCAGCAGCACGGGAGUCGUGAGCAGCAGCAGCAGCGGGGCCGGGCUGCCUCAGCACCCGCUGUCCCCAGCGGGACUGCAUCCCGCCACGCAGGGCAACGACAGCAUGUCCUCCCCGACGUCCUGGCCCCCCGGCGCGGCCCCGGGCCUCGAGGCGACCCCGACCUCGAACCCGCUGAACCUGUCCGACUCGAUGAUGGUGCUGCUCCAGUACGGCGGCUACUCGACUGCGCUGAGCGUCACGAUCGCCGUGGGCUGCUCGCUGCUCAUCCUCAACGUGCUCAUCUUUGCCGGUGUCUACUACCAGAGGGAUAAGACCAAGCUUGAGGCUAAGCUGCACAAGCGGAACUACAAGGUCGGCAAGCCCUCCGAGGUGGACCUGUCCGGCGGCGCCCCUGCAGCGCCGAGCAAGCAGCAGCUGGCCCUCCGCGCCCCGCCCCCGUCGCCCGUGGGGGCCUCGUCGGCCGCUCCGGGGGCCGCCCAGUGCCCCUCGUCGGUCGGCCCUCAGGGCAUGCUCGUGGCCAACAACACGAGCCACAGCCACCUGGCGGCGGGAGGCUGCCCGGACCCCCGGCUGGUGGCUGCCACCCUGCCCCCCAAGGUACCGCCCAAGCCCCCGGUCAAGGCUCUGCCCGAGGCGCAGCCCCUGCUCGCCGCGCAGGGUGCCAGCGCCACCCUGGGCAGGGUCGUGCUCAGGGGCGCGCACAACAACAAGAUGCACGACGGCGUCGUGUGA